AUGGAAUCGACUCCGCCUGUGUAUUCGACUGCUACUGAGAACAGCUACUCUCCACCAUGGGCAGAUUUGAGUAUUAUUGGCAUCGCUGGUAGCUCCGGUUCCGGCAAGACCUCUGUGGCUAUGGAAAUCGUGAAGUCACUGAACCUGCCAUGGGUGGUCAUCCUCGUAAUGGACUCAUUUUACAAGAGCUUGACCCCGGAGCAACAUGCCAAAGCGCAUAGGAAUGAAUAUGACUUUGACUGCCCCGAUGCCUUGGACUUCGAUGUCUUGGUGCAAACCUUAAAGGACUUAAAACAAGGGAGGAAGGCAGAUAUCCCCGUUUAUUCAUUCGCCCAGCAUCAGCGUCAGCCCCAGACGACCACUCUUUAUUCUCCUAGAGUGUUAAUAUUGGAGGGUAUCUUGGCUUUACAUGACCCCAGGAUCAAUGACCUUUUGGAUGUCAAGAUCUUUGUAGAAGCAGACAUGGAUGUCUGUCUGGGACGCAGAAUCAUGCGCGACGUCCGGGAGAGAGGAAGGGACAUUGACGGAAUCAUCAAACAAUGGUUUAACUACGUCAAACCGUCCUACAAGUACUAUGUAGAGCCUCAGCGGUCUGUCUCUGACAUUAUAAUCCCUCGUGGUAUCGAGAACAAAACGGCUAUUGAUAUGGUGGUAAAGCACAUUCAACGAAAACUUGAGGAGAAAUCAGAAAAACACAGUGCAGAGUUACGCAAACUGGGAUUGAUUGCCUCAGAAUUGCAACUUUCUUCGAAUGUGAUAGUGAUGCCUGAAACGUCCCAGUUUAUUGCGAUGAACACAAUCCUCCAGAACCCGGAAACUGAACAGGUUGACUUUGUGUUCUAUUUUGACCGAAUUGCUUCCUUGUUGAUUGAGAAGGCUUUGGACAAUACCUUGUAUACCCCAUCGACGGUGCAAACACCUCAGGGGACGACAUACAGUGGGUUAAACCCAUCAGGAGUAAUGUCUGCUGUCGCAAUCUUACGAGGGGGUUCCUGUCUUGAGACAGCUCUUAAGCGAACCAUUCCUGAUUGUAUUACUGGUCGAGUGCUUAUUCAGACCAAUGCCCGGAAUGAAGAGCCCGAGCUGCACUACCUAAAGCUGCCUCCUGGUAUUGAACAACAUGCCACGGUCAUGCUGCUGGACCCUCAAAUGUCCAGCGGAGGAGCUGCCUUGAUGGCAGUCCGUAUUUUGAUUGACCAUGGAGUAGAGGAGCAAAGAAUUGUGUUUGUGACAUGUGCAGCAGGGAAAAUUGGGCUUAAGCGAUUGACUACAGUAUAUCCCCAGGUCAAGGUCAUUGUUGGACGGAUCGAGGAGGAGCAAGAACCUCGAUGGAUGGAGAAGAGAUAUUUUGGUUGUUGA